AUGAGCUCAUCUGCUGGACCCGAAGCACCGGUCAUUCCAUUGACGGAAGCACCUAGCGAUAGCGCUGGCACAGCCGCUACAGGGAGGCAAGCAAAUGGCACUGCCAACGGCGCAUCGUCCUGGAUCCCUCCAGAGAUUCUGGCGGAUUACGACUUGUCCCGACCGAUCACAAGCAAGACGGGGUUGAGACAGGGACUUGCUGGGUACGGUGAUCCUCAUUUCUCCCUCUUCCUCCGCAAAGUCUUCAUCAAAGCCCUUGGUUACACCGACGCCGCCCUCUCCCUCCCCAUCAUCGGCAUAAUCAACACCUACUCCUCCUUCAAUCCCUGCCACUCCAAUGCCAAUGACCUGGUCGAGUCUCUCAAGCGCGGUAUCUCUGCCGCCGGCGGUCUCCCAGUGGACUUCCCCACCAUCUCGAUCCACGAGUCCUUCUCGUCGCCAACCUCCAUGUACCUCCGCAACCUCAUGGCGAUGGACACAGAGGAGAUGAUCGCCGCGCAGCCAGUCGAUGGCGUUGUGGCGAUUGGAGGGUGUGAUAAAACUGUGCCGGCGCAGUUGAUGGGUGGGAUUAGUGCAAACAAGGUGUUUCUGCCAUUGGUGACCGGUCCGAUGAUGCCUGGCUCUGUACAGGGAGUCAGAGUAGGCGCGUGCACGGAUUGUCGGAACAAUUGGGCCAAGUUCCGGGCUGGAGAGUUGGACGUUGAGGAGAUCAUGGCGGUGAAUGAGGAAUUGGCGCCUACAGGCGGCACUUGUGGCGUGAUGGGUACUGCGAGCACAAUGGCAUGCAUCGUCGCGGGUCUGGGACUGGUGGAUCUACGAAGCGGCGCAACGGCUCCUGCUGUAAGUAGUGCUAGGCGACGAGUGGCAGAAGAGGCGGGCAAAAGAGCUGUCGCGUUAGUCAAGAUUCGGGACGAGGGCCAGGCAGGAGUGAAGCCGCAGGAACUGCUGACGGUGGAGAGCUUCGAGAAUGCUAUAACAGUGCUGCAAGCGAUAGGAGGGAGUACCAACGCCGUCGUACAUUUGAUGGCGAUCAUCAAUCGACAUCCAGACGUCGCUGGAAAGCUGACAUUGAAGGACUUCGAUAGGAUUGGGAGGAAGACGCCUUUGUUGGUUGAUCUGAAGCCAUCAGGAGACAACUACAUGACUGACUUCCACAAUGCGGGUGGCAUGCUGGCUCUCAUGCAUCGACUGCGGCCAUUGCUGCAUCUCAACGUCAGAACUUACACCGGACAGACUCUAGGUGAACUACUCGAUCAGUCCCCAUUCAAGGAUUUCGAAUUCUCACGCAAGGUCGUACGAUCACUAGAAGAUCCAUUGUGGCCAGCCUGCAGCUUGGUGGUCCUUCACGGCAACAUGGCUCCGGACGGCGCGGUGAUGAAGCAAAGUGCGAGCAAAGACCAGCGCCUGCUCAAGCACCGAGGAACCGCAGUGGUUUUCGAGAACAGCGAAGACCUCGCAAAUCGCAUCGACAGUGACGACUUGGAGGUCACAAAAGACAGUGUGCUGGUACUCAAAGGUAUUGGGCCUGUCGGCAACCCGGGCAUGCCAGAAGCAGGACUGAUCCCGAUCCCGAGGAAGUUGGGCCGACAGGGUGUGACCGACAUGCUUCGGAUCUCCGACGGCAGGAUGAGCGGGACAGCAGGCGGCACGAUUGUGCUUCAUGUUAGUCCCGAGGCAGCCGACCUCGAUAGUGUCUUUGGCGUGGUACAGACAGGAGAUGGCAUCAUUUGCGACGUUGCUGAGCGGCGUUUGGAGCUCGAGGUUGAUGGUGGCGAAAUCGAUCGACGACGAAAAGAGCGGAAGAACAAUCCGAGUGGUGCCGGCGGGAAUGGUCAAAGGUGGCUAACAAGAAAGCGCCAGAGAGGCUAUCGCGGAUUGUAUGAACGACGGGUGAACCAGGCGCAUGAAGGCUGCGACUUCGAUUUUCUUAUGGCACAGCCGCCGUCCGAAUCCUUCAAAGAGUGA